CAUAAAAAUAAAUUUUAAUAAAUUAAUAGAUCCCAAUCUUGACACAACUAGAUAAUUAAUCAGCUUUGCACAUCCAGGAAUGGAAACUGAAAUUGUAUUCUAUUUAUGGAUCAUGCAGAUUUCUACAUUACAAAUCUAUUUUUAGCCUAAUAUGAUUUUGCAUUUAACAUUUGUUUGCAAAAUGUUCACUCAGAUCUUUUCAGUCAGGGUGUCCCUGUGUGCUUAAACGGCAGUCCAGGGGCAGUGGGGAGCUUUUCUCUAGUGCUGAGAGAGGGCAGAACUGUUUUGAUGCCAGUGUAGGAGGUGGCACCUGUGAAAAUGCACUUCUCAGUGCUGUCCCUCAUUUUUUUAUUAUUAUUUUUUACACAUAAGCACUGUUUUUCGCCAUGAUUUUUGCAUACUAAAAUAUUUUAAAAUAAGCUAUGAGUGGGUACAAUAGGAAACAAUGUUUGGGUAAACAGAAAACAAAUUGAGUCUAAAUGAAGGAUUGGAAAGCUCCUGGGAGGAAGUUUUGAAUUUGGGAAUGCAGAGGUCUGGAGACACUUCUGGCAAACAAUCAAGUCUGCAACCUUAGAUUUAUAGUGUGCGAGAAAAAUGGCCUACUACCAUACUAUUUCUACCAUACAUAGAAAUGGCAGAAGGUAUGCCAUUCCGAACUCAGACAGAAUCUGUGUGCAUUUAGCUUGCCCUCCCAAUGAACUCUUCGUAUUGACAGAUGGCACUAAAUCUAAUCUCUAUACAUUUAUUGAAUGGCUGUGCUCCUCUUAAUCUUGACAGUUCAUCUGAACAUAAACAUUUGUAAGAUUUAUUCCAUCAGAAAUGUUUUAAGCUUAAUUGAUCUAAUUUUGUGCCUUUGGAAAAUAUAGAUCUGAAAUUCUGUUAUCUUGGAUAUGAAAAGUUUUUAUGUCUAUUUGUUAAUGGGGAAUUUGUGGACAUAAUAAUGUAUUGACAUUUGAGGAAUAAAAAAAGAUUGGGCUUGGGCUAAAACGGCCCCCAGUGGCAUGUUGUUGUUGGUGUUAUUAAUAUUUAUGUUAAAUGAUGUUUAUUAUCGUUAGUAUUUUAAAUUAUUCCAUGUGUUAGAUGUACAUUUCAAACAUCUUCACUAUUUAUAAUGUAACCUAUAGGCUUAUAAAGUAGAAUUCAAACUGAAUUCAUAGAAUCAUGAAUUCAUUAUGACAUCCCUUCAAUUAAAAAUAUAGACAUCUGUACGAUAGAUUACAUUUCAGAUGAAUCUCUUUCACUUUGAUUCUGUUAACUUGUCAUUAUUCAGUUAGUCAAUUAUUCAACUUAAUUGUGAAAAUACAUAAUUACAUAGAAUAUUUCAUUUAGUAUGUUACAUUUAAGGAAUAUUCUGGGUUCACUACAAGUAAAGCUUAAUUGACAGCAUUUGUGGCAUAAUGUUAAUUACCACAAACAUUUUCUUGAAAAAAAAAUAAAAAUAAAAUAAAAAAUAAAAAUUAGGGUUACAGUGAAUGUGAAUGGGGAAAAUGCAUAAACAUCACAUCACUGUUUUAAAAGUAUAUCCACAAGAUGAAGAAUUUUAGUGUGAUAAAAUCGCUUACUAACCUUUUCUGUGUAAAAUGAUAUCCAAUUUUACAACUUAGAUGCCAUGACUAGGUAAUGCUGUGAACCCUAAAACGACUGUAAAAACUACAAUUUAAACAACGUUUCUGCUCAAAUAAAACAGAAGAAUUCAUGUAAGUGCUUUUAUAAAAUUAUAAGCUUCACAUUUCUGCCUUUCAGCCCUCCAAAAUUUGGCCCCAUUCACUUCCAUUGUCAGUGCCUCACUGUAACCUUGUUUUUGUUUUUUUAAAGGAGGGAUGAGUCGAAAUAAUUUUUGUGGUGAUCAACAUUAUGCCACAAAUUGCUGUCGAUUGAGCCUAACUUGUACUGAAUUCGGAAUAUUACUUUAAAUUACAAAAAUGCAUUAUUAAGAAUGAAAUCAGAUGUCUUACACAUUCUGGAAAAAAAACAAACAAAAAAAAAACAAAAACAAAUGACAGCUGGGACAGGCUUACCUUGUGGCCCGUUUUCAUAAUUUUGAUUUUGUGCUAUGACAACAAAGUUAGCAAAUGUUUCCAUUAAUUCCAUAAUUAUCCUGUUCAUGCUUCAUGUCUUCAGCUCUGAAGAACUUGCAUCUUUAUAUAUUAUGUAUGUUUUCCUCUUGACCGAUAAUCACUGAUUCUAUCACAUUUUUAAAAAAUCACACCUGUUGAGGAGAGAACAAAUGAAUACAAACAAACUCUGGUCUCCAUAUGUCCAAUAGAAGCCUUUUCGAAGACGAGAAAAAACACAUUUUGGGGGGUUUGUGGUUGGACUAAUUGAUCUGCCAUAUCAAAACUGAGGUGUGGAUUGAAUAACAUUUGCUAUAAGUAUAACUAAAAAUGAGGUAUUGAUCAGAGAGAUAUCAUCAGUACAAUAGCUAUGUUAUCAACAUCAAUAUCACAGAAUUACAUCUAAUGUAUGAUUAUGACGGUGUGGUGGGUUCAGUGACUUUGACUUGACGUGUGUCAAAUGAUCCCAACAACAUUGUGAAGAAAUGCAGAUCUUAGUGUUGAUGAUGAUGAAGUUAAAUCAGAGCUCUGUCCACAGAAAGAUCUGAAAGCAAAUCUCUGAAAGAAAAUUACCAGCAACAUGUAUUCAAGACCCUUUUAAUACCAAUUGGCUAUUUAAGAAGGUUUAUUACGACAGCUUUACGUAACCAGAAUGAGUAAACCGAUUCCCGUAAAAUCCAUGAAACACGUCAACACGGAAAAAAACUGGUCGUGGUUUUUGAUCAAAUAAGGUCAGAGUGACUGAGUCAGUUCCAUUUCCCCUGAGACUGCGCUGCCAGAAUGACAGAAGAAAAGUGUUCCGAAGAAAAUAAGAGAUAUUCCUCUAACGACAGCUCGGAUUCAGAUUGUACUUUUUGCUUGAUCGCACGAGGCGACCAUCCACACACUCACAUAUUGGUUGAUGAUAAGGACAUUGUUUGUUUCCAGGAUAUAAAUCCAGGUGCACUUCAUCACUACCUGGUUGUACCCAAGAAACAUAUCCAUAGUUGUUUGUCAUUCAAAGCAGAUGAUAUCAGUCUUGUUAGGAGGAUGGCAGAAAUAGGAAAGGCUGUAUUAAAAGCCAAGAAUGUCACAGAUUUUGAAGACAUCAGCCUAGGGUUCCAUGUGCCACCAUAUAUCACCGUUCCUCACCUGCACCUGCAUGUUCUUGCACCUUUCAGUCAACUGCAUAUAGAGACAAGGUUCAAGUAUACAGACUACUGGUACCUCACUGUGGAAAAGUUGCUGAAAAUAUUGGAUGAUCUGGAAAAGACUAAAGAUGGUAGUCUUAAAACUGACAAUGACUAUUUAUAACUGAAUAUUUAUAUAUUAGUACUAGUACUAAUUUAAACAGGUGGAAAUGUUGAUUUACAGUAUGUGCAGUUGUUAACAUAUUCUACAUUAAUUUAUUAAUUGUCACACCAUUGUAUGCAGUGUUCAUGUUUGAAUGGUCUGAUUAAAAUCAGCUAGCAUCCUUGUAGCAGAACCCCUGCUGCUAACAAAAGGCCUACUUUUGGUUUGUCUGAACUUUUACAUUAAAUGACUCAAAAACUGACCAUGAACUUAAAGCACAAAAAGGUGCAAAUUUAUAUUAAAUUUAGAAGGCAAAACUCA